CACACGCUCUGAAACAAAACAGCACUUCACUUCGGGAUCUGGGCAAGAUCAGACUUCCCUCCCCUCCUUUCCCCUCCCCUCCCUCGCUGCCCCCUCCCUGCUUUUCCCCUCCCUCUCCCCGGCAGCCGCCGAGCCGGUCCCUCCGAUCCGACCUGGCAGGCUCACGCUGGGGGCCGCUGCCGGCUGGGGCUGCCCGAGACCGCGCUGCCCUCCCUGCCUUGUCCUGCCCUGCCCUGCCUUGUUCCUGCCCUGUCCUGUCUGUCCUGCCGCCUCCCGGCCCGGCGCCCACCCUGCCCCGCUCCCGGGCACCGCCGCCCCGGAGAUAAAAAGUUGCUCCGAGGAUGGGAGCGCAUCUGCAGCCGCUGGCCCUGCGGCUCCUGGCGCUGACUUUCCCCUUGGUGGCGAAGGGUUUUUCCGACGAAACCUUGGAGAAAGCCGCGAAAUCCGAGGGAUAUUGCAGUCGGAUCCUGCGAGCCCAAGGCACCAGGAGGGAAGGGUACAAUGAAUUCAGCCUCAGGGUGGAGGGCGAUCCAGAAUUUUACAAGCCUGGAAACAGUUACCGGGUGACACUUUCUGCUGCCACCCCUGCUUACUUUCGAGGGUUCACACUGAUCGCCCUCAAGGAAGGAAAAGAAGGUGACAAAGAGGAAGACCAUGCAGGAACUUUCCAGAUCAUAGAUGAAGAAGAAACCCAGUUCAUGAGCAAUUGUCCUGUUGCUGUGACUGAGAGCACACCUCGGAGGAGGACACGCAUUCAGGUGUUUUGGACAGCUCCUCCUACAGGGACAGGCUGUGUGAUUCUAAAAGCCAGUAUUGUGCAGAAGCGCAUCAUUUAUUUUCAAGAUGAGGGUUCUCUCACCAAAAAAAUUUGUGAACAAGACUCAACCUCGGAAGGUGUGACUGACAAACCAAUUUUAGAUUGUUGUGCCUGUGGAACUGCCAAAUACAGGCUGACUUUUUAUGGAAACUGGUCAGAAAAAACACAUCCCAAAGACUUUCCACGCCGCACCAACCACUGGUCCGCGAUCAUUGGUAGUUCCCACUCGAAGAACUACAUCCUUUGGGAGUAUGGAGGAUAUGCCAGUGAAGGUGUCAAACAAGUCGCAGAGUUGGGGUCCCCAGUAAAGAUGGAAGAAGAGAUUCGACAGCAAGUAAGUGUAUUUUAG